AUGGCAGCUGGUCCACCAGAGUACAUAACUUCCCUUCAAAACAAUUUGGACUAUCACUUCUCAAACAUAAGACUUCUUGUUGAGGCACUUCGAGCACCAGGCGCUGGGUGCAACACACCAAACAAUGUCCAAGACCCAGAUGGAUACAGACGCCUAAGCCAGCUUGGAGAGAGUGUCAUUCAUCUGGUCAUUGCCGACGAAGGCUACAUCAAAGGCCAUGAGCGAGUUAGUUUCGAAUCCCAAAGCGUCACGCAAAGAGCUUUGACAUGCGCAAAUCGGAUAAACCUUAGCGAAUGUAUGAGCACGAAUCUGAGUCAGCGAGGAACACCGCCGUCGAUCAAGAUGAUUACACAAUCCAUGAUGGCCUUGUGUGCGGCGAUAUAUAUUGAUUGUGGGCGAGAUAUUAUGCGGCUCAAAGGUGCUCUGCACCAUAUCGACUUCAUAGACAAUGCAGAUUACGCGAACUCUGAUAUGGAGAAUUGUGCAUGA